CACCUGAAGGUGUUUCUGUUAUUUUGUUCACCACCUGUAGUUGUGAACAAUGAAAACCGGCGGCACAUCAACUCUCAUACUGCUGGAGAUGAUCUACGUCACGUUACUCCCAGCUCUGAAGGCACAAACGAUCAGCGUCCUCCCUGAGGUGACUGGAUAUCUCGGGCAUGAUGUCACUCUGCCAUGCCACUUCAUCAAAGUAUCAGCAUAUGACACUGUUACUCAGGUUCAGUGGAAUCUGCUGAAAGCAAAGGAAAAUACUAUCCUUGUUUCUAAUCGUGAGCAUGGGUUGGACAUCUUUGAUACUCCUCUGAAAGAGAAGGUGGAUCUCACAGAACUUUCAUUGAUAAUUAAAGCUGUUGAACUGGAGAAUGCAGGGUCGUACAUGUGCUCCCUUUCAACCUUCCCCAGUGGUAUAUUGAAGGGAACGACCAAACUCAUUGUUCGAGAACAGCUGCAGUUAUCAUCAGGGGAGGUGUCUGCUAUAGUGAUUGCUGUCAUAUUGUUGGUGGGGAGCACGGCAGCCAUAACGUACUUCAUCUUCAUCAGAAGGUGUGACUCUUCAGUCAGCCACAAUGUCUUCAGCGACACAGGUUGGACAGUGAUGGAUGUGUCCAAGUCAUCUGGCAUUGAAAGAGCUGAGGACGGGAUCUACUCUAAAGUCAUGUUCGAACCACUAAGAGGUGAGAUGACCUUGAGCAAUGACGAGCACAGGAAGCCAUCGAAUGCAGACUCGACUUACACAGAAGUUGUGGUUUGGGUCAGAAGCCGAAAUGAGAGCAAAAAAUAAGAAAUCGCUUUUAAAGCUGCUGUAUAGUCUUGGUAUCAUUCCACAUAUUCUAAUAUGGAUGAAUGGAAUUAAUCAUCAAUCAUCAAUCAAAACAUUUAAUAACUGGCACGAGACAAACUACAAAUGAGGCUGAUGAGAGUAUAUAACUAAAACUAGAAUGACCCGUCAGUUCGCUUCACUAGAUUUCCUGGAAAUCAGUAGCGUAGUUUUUGCAAAAUCCCUCUACAUAACAAACAAGAAAACAUAACCUUUUUGGAGAAAGUAAUAACACUUUGUCCUGAGAGGCAGCUCGAUGAAAAAUCAGUUAUAGAGGUAACUCCAAAACAUCCUCCUUUAAUGUGUGAACUAGAUUGUAUCACCUGUAGCUGCUGCUGUGUUUCAAUAAAGAGCUUCUGGGUUCUGUGUCCAUCUGCUUUCAGUCAUUUGUGCAGAAAUUGCUUCAUGUCAAUGUUUCAAUGUUUCUGUGGCUGUGUUCCUUGCUUAAGAAAGUUACAAAAUUUGGUUUGCACAGUUUCUGUAAUGGUGGAUACCUGCUUGUGCUUUUUCUCUUAUGCAACUGGCCACUAUAUUUUUGAAGAUGUACAUUGGUCUUUUCCAUGUUGGACACAAUCAGUGAACAUCACUGACUAUGUCUCAUAAUUU